AUGUCGAGCACCCAAGGAAUCAACGUAGCCAUCAUCGGCGUCGGUCUGGUCGGCACCUCCGUCAUCCAGCAACUCACCACCGUCGCUGGUCUUUCUUCCAAACUCCACAUCGUUGCACUCCAGAACAGCAAGAAGACCCUCCUCAGUACUCCCACCUCCCCUCUCUCCCUCGCUGGUUCUGCUGACUGGAAGUCUCUUCUCGCCAACAGUUCCACUUCCGCCCUUGCACUCCCCGACCUCGUCCUGGAACUCCAAAAGAUCACCCGCGACUCUGGCCGUCACACCGCAGUAGUCGACAACACCUCCGACGAAAAAGUCGCCGCCUUUUACCCUCACUUCCUCGCCGCAGGUCUCUCGGUCGUCACUCCUAACAAGAAAGCCUUUUCCGGCCCUAUCGAACUGUACAAUGAUAUUCUCAAGUACAAGUCGAACGAUGUUGCCGGAAGCAAGGGUCCACUUGUCUACCAGGAGUCAACUGUUGGUGCUGGUCUACCCAUCAUUUCUUCCCUCGUCGACCUGGUGAACACCGGUGACAAGAUUACGAAGAUCGAAGGCGUCUUCUCAGGAACACUCUCUUACAUCUUUAACGAGUUCUCAACUCCCAAGGGAGGUGAUAACAAGUUUUCGGACAUUGUCAAGUUCGCCAAGGAGAACGGAUACACCGAGCCUCACCCCAAUGAUGAUUUGAAUGGGUCGGAUGUCGCUAGGAAAUUGGCGAUCUUGUCGAGACUCGUGCCCGAACUCAAAGAUGCUCUGCCACAGGGAUACCUCUCGGUGCCAACUCACUCUCUCACUCCCGCACCACUAGCAGAUGUCGCGUCGGGUGAAGAAUACGUUAAGCGUCUUCCAGAUUUCGACGGUGACUAUGACAAGCUCAACAAGGAAGCUUUCGACAAAGGUAGCGUGCUCCGAUACGUCGGUGUCAUCGACGUGAAGAAGAAGGAAAUUAAGGCUUCGCUCGAGACAUACCCCGUCUCGCAUCCCUUCGCAUCCUCUCUUUCGGGAUCGGACAACAUCAUCGCCUUCCACACCAAGCGUUACUCGGCUCGUCCAUUACUCGUUCAAGGUUCGGGUGCUGGUGCCGACGUUACUGCUAUGGGUGUCGUUGCGGAUCUGAUCAAGGUUGCUGAGCGACGAUCCUAG